AUGCCUUCCACAAAGCAGCAGCGUGCCCGCCGCCAGACUGCUCCCUCCGGCCCGCCGCGCAAACCCACCGCCAGCGAAACUAAAUCUAGCCUCCAGGCACUGGAUGAGACUUCGCCUGCCUCUCUUGAAUGGAGAGCACCUGGAUGGAAUAAUGAACUUGAGUUCUCACAGUGGCUCAAUGGCGUCAAGGAUGAUCUGAUUGAGGAGAGCUAUGAUGAGUACCAAAACUGCUUAGAUGAACUUGAACAAUCGAAGGAGCACAUUGACGAAAUAUUAACGAAUACCCUGACCCUCUUGGAUGACCUAUCCAGCUUGUCGGAAUCAUUCAAAUCGGUCGAGACUCAAACAUCGAACUUUGAGAAACAAUGCGAAGGGCUUCUGUCUGCCCAAGAACGGGAUACAAAGCUUGCCAAUGGAAUCCAGAACAAUCUUCACUAUUAUGACUUCUUGGACCCCGCGUCGCGGCGUCUCAAUGCUCCCGGUGCGGGGAAUACAGUCCGCGACAGGGACUUUUCAGAUAUGCUGAGACGUCUCGAUGUGUGCUUGGAUUAUAUGGAAACACAUCCGGACCAAAAAGAGGCAGAGGUCUAUCGCUCUCGGUAUCGACUGCUGCUAACGCGUGCCUUGACGCUUAUCCGCGGCAACUUUGUAUCUGCACUUAAGGAUAUUCACCAGAAUGUCUCCAAGAAGAUUUCGGAUCAGCAGUUGAAUGACACAGCCUUGUCGGCUCUUCUGUACGCCAAAUUCCGAGUCGGAGCGCCCGAGCUGAAGCAGAUUGGGGUUGAGAUUCAAAAGAGAGCUGUACCACCGCUCAACCCGGACCAAAAUAAUGAGGCUGAAUAUCAAAGUCUGAUGAAUGAACUGCACAGCAAUUACGCGGCUACCCGUGCGAAGCUGAUCAUUCCACUCGCCCGCAAGAAGCUCGGCGAAAUCUCACAGACGCCUAGUUCAUCCAAGGAUCUUGUUGCCUUUGCUCGAGCCAGUAUCAGCUAUAUCCGUGGGCUGUGUCUAGAUGAAUACGAUCUAUGGGGAGAAUGGUUCCAUGGAAAAGGAGGUUUGUAUGACUUCCUCGAGACGCUAUGUGAACCACUCUAUGAUCAUCUUCGUCCCCGAGUUAUCCACGAAUCCGACAUCGUCAAGCUAUGUCAGUUGUGCAAUUUAUUACAAACUCGCUACUUCUCGGACCCCGAAGAAGAACUGGAACAGGUUGAAAGCAACCAUCUCGACUUCUCUGUGUUGAUUCAGCCGGCUUUGCAAGAUGUUCAGGCCCGACUGGUCUUCCGUGCUUUGGCUGUUCUACGCGACGAAAUCGAACGAUAUAAACCUCGACCAGAGGAUAUCGAUUACCCCAUGCGCAACCGACAAGUAUCUCUUACCGUCUCAGAUACUCAGAUCUCGGGCAAAAAGGACACAUCCGCCGAUACAUUGAUCGACAUGACCGCCAAACAAGGCGAUGAUACAGGCGAAUCCACACAAGAAACAGACGGGAAAUGGGACUUUGAGACCCAGACCGCCCUAAAGGGCUGGUAUCCAACACUACGGAAAGCAAUCUGGCUACUGAGUCGGAUAUACCGUUUAGUGAACUCCACCGUCUUCGACGACCUAGCCCACCAAAUCGUCCACCAAACAACCCUCUCCCUCCAAAACGCCAGCACCCUAAUCUCAGCCAAAGCCACCCCAGCCGACAGCCAACUAUUCCUAAUGAGCCACCUCCUAAUCCUAAAGCAACAAAUCGUCGCCUUCGACAUCGAAUACGUCUCCGCAGAAGUCUCCUUCGAUUUCUCCGGCAUGACAAGCACAUUCUGGGAAUUGCGCGAGCGCGGCGGCCUCUUCAACCCACGCAACCUAAUGCGCCUCGUCGGCCACGGCCUCAUCCCCCGCGUCGUGGAGAACAUGCUCGACGCAAAAGUCGAGUUAGACGGUCGUCUUCGCACGGUCAUCAACGACUUCAUUAAUGCCUUUGCUGCUCGCAUGACCGCCUCAUUACCGGCUAAAUUCAUCGAUGCCCGGAAUCUGGCCCGCGGCGAACUCAUCCUUCCCUCUUGCCGUACCAUCGAGAAGGAAGUGCCUGGGCUGCGCAAGGUCUUGAAUGAGUAUAUUGAUGAUACGCGCAUGAAAGAGACGCUGGUUGGUGCGGUCCAGGAUCGCACUAUUCAGAUCUACGAGGAUUUCUUCGAGAAAUAUACUUCCUCCGAGAAAGGGAAGGGUAAUUUCGUCAGUAAGAAAGGAAAGGGCCGGGAUGAUGCUGUUUGGGAUGUUAAUACCUUUGCCGAAUGGUGCGAGGGUGUGUUCCGCGUCGGCGUCACUGGCUUGCAGGGUGAUAUCCCCGAGGAUGAUGACGAUCUCCUGAGCACCGGCUCUUAA